AUGGAGGCUAUACGAAUUUUUGGACCGAAACUUGGAUCUAAACUCUCUGUUCGUUCUCAGACCAAUUUACUUCCGUCAUGCAACCUCUCUCGCUUGCCACUGACGUCAUUUCCCGGUAAGUAUGCACAUCGUGUUCCUUUGAAAGCCACUACUAAUACUCUGGCUUGUGAAGAUGAAGAAAAUAAUCGCAAGUUUAAAAAGUUGGAGCCUUCUGAAUGGCGUCAUCAGUUUCUCUCUGUUCAUGUUGAUUUCUCAGAAAUGGAUGCGCUUGGGAGAGAGAUAGAAGCACUAAAGCCAAAAGUGAGGGAAAUGUUCAUGUCUUCCAUUGGAAGUAAGUCGAGCAAGAAGAACAUCCUUUUUAUCUAUUUGCUUGUGAGCCUUGGUCUCGCGUAUCACUUCGAAGAUGAGAUCGAGCAGAGACUAAAAGAUAGCUUCCAGAAGAUAGAGGAGAUGAUGGAGGGCGAAGAUGAUUUGUACACAGUUUCAGUCAUCUUCUUUGUUUUUAGGAGAUAUGGUCACAACAUUUCUUCUGAUGUUUUUACGAGAUUCAAAGAAGACCAUGGAAAAUUUAAAGAAUGUCUUGCCGGAGAUGCCAAGGGUAUCCUAAGCUUGUAUGAAGCUGCUCACAUGGGGACGACAACAGAUCAUAUAUUAGAUGAAGCCUUGAGCUUCACAUUGUGUUACUUGGAGUCGAUAGCUGCAAGUGAGUCAUGCAAACUUAAUCUCUCAAGGCGUAUACGACUUUCUUUGGAUCAACCGCAGCAUAAGAACAUGGAUAUAUUAGUCGCAAAGGAAUAUAUAUGGUUCUACGAACAAGAAGAAGAUUGCGACAAGACGCUACUUAAGUUUUCCAAGCUUAACUUCAAAUUCCUACAGCUACAUUACCUUCAAGAGCUCCAAAUCCUUUCAAAAUGGUACAAGGAAAACAACUUUGAAUCUAAGUUGCCACCUUACUACAGAGACAUACUCGUGGAAAUGAGCUUCGCUACGCUAGCUUACAUGGAGCCGAAAUACUCACGUGUGAGGAUUAUGCUCACUAAGCUGUACGCGACUCAAGUAAUGAUAGAUGAUACGUGUGACAUAUAUGCUUCUCUUAGUGAGGUCGAAAUCCUCGCCAGUACCAUCGAAAGGUGGGAUCUCGAUGAUCAUGCAAUGGAUGGACUACCAAAUUAUAUGAAAUAUGUGGUUAAAUUUGUAUUUGAUACAUUCCAAGAGUUUGAAAGAGAAUUGGGGUCAGAAUUAGGAGGAUCUUACGGCGUAAAAGCUACAAUUGAAGAGUUCAAGAUUUUUGUGAGAGCCAACCUUCUACUCGCGAAAUGGGCAGCAGUGGGUCACUUGCCUAGCUUUGAUGAGUACCUAGAUGCUACUGGAGACGAGUUCGCUAUAUAUUUAACCUUGACAGGCAUUUUGAUGGCUAUGGAUCAUAAUAUCUGCAAGAAAGAAGCUUAUGAGUGGUUGAAAUCUAGAGACAAACUCGUUAGAGCAAUAACUAUUAAAUCACGAGUGGAGGAUGAUAUGUUUGGCUAUGAGGACGACAUGAGCAGAGGAUAUGUCACGGGCUCGAUCAACUGUUACAAGAAACAAUAUGGAGUUACAGAAGAAGAAGCCUUUAGAAAGCUUCGUGAAAUGAUUGUAGACGGUGAUAAGAUGAUGAACGGGGAGUUUUUGAAGCCGAUCAAUGUGCCAAAACAGUCUUUGAAGCUUGUUCCUUUGAAAGCCACUACUCAUGAUCUGGCUUCUGAAGAUGAAGCAAAUAAUCGCAAGUUCAAAAAGGUGGAGCCUUCUGUAUGGAGUCAUCAGUUCCUCUCUGCUCAUGUUGAUUUCUCGGAAAUCGAUGUGCUUGGGAGAGAGAUAGAGGCACUAAAGCCAAAAGUGAGGGAAAUGUUCAUGUCUUUGAUAGGAAGUAAGAAGAAAAUCCUUUUUAUAUUUUUGCUCGUGAGCCUUGGUCUCGCCUAUCAUUUCGAAGAUGAGAUCGAGGAGUGUCUAAGAGAUGGCUCCGAGAAGAUAGAGGAGAUGAUGGAGGGUGAAGAUGACUUGUACACAGUUUCAGUCAUCUUCUGGGUUCUUAGGAGAUAUGGUCACAACAUUUCUUCUGGUAAGGGUUCUGUCUGA